GCAGUGUAACAGAGAUAAAUUUCUUAGAUUUUGUUUAUCAUUAAAGAUAAAGUAUAUCCAUUUUUAUCAGAAAUAUUAGUGAACUAUCCAAAUUAUUUUAUAUAGUGUUCACAUAGUAUUAUUCUUCGAAAGGGAAGAAGACGAAGAUAUCGAAAUAUAAAACUUUAUCGUUUUACUUAUAUUGAGGAAUUAUGACACCGAUGAGUGAUAGUAGUUCAUUACCUAAAACAAAAAAGCCAUCAGAUAGCGCAUUCAAACAGCAACGUUUACCUGCUUGGCAACCUAUUCUUACUGCUGGAACUGUUUUACCAACAUUUUUUGUAAUAGGAGUUGCAUUUAUACCAGUUGGAAUUGGAUUAUUAUACUUUUCUGAUAAAGUAAAAGAACAAACGAUAGAUUAUACCUAUUGUAAUUCUAAUAGUACUGAUGGUAAAAGAUGUAUAGAUAUAAUUGCACAAAAUCCAAAAAAUGCUUGUUAUUGUGAAAUAAAUUUUGUAUUAUCUACGGAUUUUGACGGAGAAGUUUAUAUGUAUUAUGGCUUAACAAACUUCUAUCAGAAUCAUCGUCGAUAUGUUAAAUCUAGGGAUGAUAAUCAAUUAUUAGGAAUAUUAUCAGAUGAAGUAUCUGGUGAUUGUAAACCAUUUGCAUAUGAAGUUAAUGAACAUAAUAUUACGAAACCAAUAGUUCCAUGUGGAGCUAUAGCCAAUUCUCUCUUUAGUGAUGAAUUAACAUUACAUUCUGAAAGAAAUCGAAAAGAUGUACCAUUAUUAAAAACUGGCAUAGCAUGGCCUUCUGAUAAAAAUAUCAAAUUUAAAAAUCCAGAAGGUGAUUUAAGAGAAAUAUUUUCUUCCGAGAGAUUUGCCAAACCAAAAAAUUGGGACAAACAUAUCUAUGACUUAGAUCCACAUAAUGCAAGUAAUAAUGGAUUUCAAAAUGAAGAUCUCAUUGUAUGGAUGAGAACUGCUGCUUUACCAACAUUUAGAAAAUUAUACCGUAGAGUUGAUCAUUCUGUUGAAGGUUUUACUGAAGGCUUACUUGCAGGAAAUUAUACACUCAGAGUUAAAUAUUCAUAUUCAGUGUCUUCUUUUGAUGGUACCAAAAGAAUGAUUCUAAGCACAACGUCACUUUUGGGUGGAAAAAAUCCAUUUCUUGGUAUUGCGUACAUAGUGGUUGGAUGUAUUUGCUUAGUACUUGGAAUAGCAUUAUCAAUCAUACAUAUAAAAUAUUCCAAGAGCACAACUGAGAUGAUUGAUGUGAAUCCAACUACAGAAUAUCAGUAAGAGUAACUGGAUUUAAAAACAAUAUUUAUUGAAUUGUGUUGGGCUAACUACCUCUAUAAUGAGAUAUAAAUAUAUAAUUUUGUCGUAUCUGGUCCUGCAGUUAAAAGAAACAUUACAGUUUUAAUAUAGUAAAAAAAAUUGAUUUUUAUAAAAGUUAAGAUGUUAUAAAUUACUUUAUAUUAGUAACAACGAAAAGGUGUAAUUAAUGAAAACACA